AUGAGCACGGCUCCUGAGCAGUACAUACCUGGCCGAAUACUCGCCAUCCUCAAGUUGUCCACCCAAGCAAUUCACAAUCGUUCGAAACCAAUCAUACUACUCCUCACCAUCGUGCUCACUAUUCUCAACUCCAUGUACGCCUCUGCCCAGGACCAUAGUACUUCAAGCUACCCUCUCCCCGUAUCAAAGGUAGAGGAGAAAGCCAGUCCACUGAACGCAGAGCCGCAUACCUUUUAUCUUGCUCCCCGCGGCCGCUGGGGCGACGGUAGUCAGCGCUAUGCCCCUGCCCGCUUCACCUACCGUGCCCCCAUCCCCGAAGAGAAGCCCCCCGUGCUAAUCGCCACAAAGCCCCUCCCGUCCAAUCGCCCAAAUCCAAAGCCGCACGCAAAAGGGUACAAGGGUUACCUGAAAAGAUUACACAGCGUUCAGAGUAGCGUACGAAAACGUUUCCCUUUCAAACUCAAGAUCAAGUCUUCUCUGGGGGCUUAUGGGAAGAAGAAUGGCAAGGUACGACCUUUGACUUAUGAGACGGCUGAUUUCAAUUGGAAGUCGAAGUACAAGAAUUUCAAGUUUUUGCACAGAGAAGACAGGCGUUAG